CUGUCUGCUCAACAUUGGCGAGAAAACUAAAAGCGGGUUGUGGAGUUUAUACAAGAGUGCGCUGAUGACGCGGCCUUACGUUACUGAAGCUUCACACUUUCAUUCAGCAUCCCUUCAUAACUCCUGCCAUGAGCUUGAUUCACCUCUCCAUCCUCCUGGCAGUCGCAGUGAUUGUGAGCGCUGAGGCGCAGCUCCUGCGCGGCUCCUGCAGUUUUGAGACGGACAGCUGCGGCUACAGGUCCGACCCGGCGCAUGCUUUCUGGACCAUAAACGAAGAAGGUCGCUUCAUUACAGCGGACUCUCUCCAUGCCGGUGAUUCAGAAAAGCAUGUAUUAAUAAGUCCACAUCUGGAGCUUCACGACUGGAGCUGUGCACGGAUGGUCUAUCAGAUCACCGGCUCGGGUUCUCUUCAGCUCCACUUACGGCCCGAGGGCGAGAACUUCGACUACAUGCUUUGGACGACAAACAAUCCUUCAGACAGUUGGCUCAUUGCCAGCGUGGACCUCCGCAAUAUGACCGGGACUUACCAGUUAUUAUUCGAGGGCAUUCCUGGCAAAGGAAUAGGAAACAGCGUUGCUAUUUUUGAAAUUCACAUCAUUCCUGGAUUCUGUAUAGAGUGUAACUUUGAAGAGCAUCACUUGUGUGGCUAUAGCAAUCAAUGGAACCCCAAUGUGAACUGGUAUGUGGGGGGAAGCGUCGCCCGAGACCCUCAGUCAAAUCUUCCGAAUGACCACACCAUGAACAAUGAGAGAGGUCAUUACAUGUACGUGGACUCGGUUUAUGCUAAAAGGUUCCAAGAGGUGGCCAAGCUGGUGUCUCCAAUGACAACCACUCCAUUGGCGGGGUGCUUGUCAUUUUACUAUCAGCGGGACCAAGCCAUUGGGAAUAUCUUCUCCGUCUUUACCAGGGACCAGCUGGGUCACUACGAGGAGAUCUGGAGACCCGAUGUGUACGCAACAUUACGGUGGAAGUUAGUGCAAGUGGAUAUUAAAGCACCUCAUCCAUUAGAGGUGGUUUUUGAAGUGGCGUUCAACAGCGCUCGCGGUGGCUACGUCGCUCUGGAUGACAUCUCGUUUUCUUCAGAGUUUUGCCACACAGAGACAGAGCCGCCGUUUGACCCAUCUAUUGCCAACUGUGACUUUGAAGAAGAUCUCUGUCAGUAUUACCAGGAGCAUGCGGGAGGUUCAGUGUGGAACAGAGUCUCUAUUAAACCAAACGUUUACCGCAUGGGAGAUCACACUACAGGCACUGGGUCUUUCCUCAUGGCCAACACUCGCUUCAGCCCUCGUCUAGAGUACGUGGGUCGUCUUUUUGGACCCUCCCUACCGGGGAACCACAAAUACUGCCUCAGGUUUUACUAUGCUCUGCACGGCUUCACGAAAAUAGAUAACGCUCUUGCUCUCUACAUCUAUGAGGAAAACAACCUAGCUCAGGAGAAAAUCUGGAGUGUAUCUGAAAGAUCUAGAGAUGUUUGGACACAAGUGGAGGUGACCUACAUGAAGCCAAUGUCUACAAAGGUGGUAUUUGUCAGCAUCUGCAGAAACUUCUGGGACUGUGGACCUCUUUCUCUGGAUGAUAUCACCGUGACCCUCGGAGACUGUCAAGUUGCUACAGGACCACUGAAGCCACCUCCUGGUCAUUGCAACUUUGAAACGGGGGACUGUGGCUACACCCAGAAAACCAAAAUAAAGAAGGGACAUUGGUUACGUAUUAGGGGACAGACACCUACAUCCUAUACAGGUCCCAAGGGGGACCAUACCUUAGGGGUAGGCAACUUCAUGUACAUCGAGGCGUCUCACAUGAUAGCCGGUCAGUCGGCCCGACUGAUGUCGACCGAGCUUAGGGGUUCGUUCGGACCUCAGUGUCUGACCUUUUUCUAUCACAUGUACGGCUCGGGCACAGGGACCCUAAAAGUGCUGCUCCACGAGGGUGACAAGGAGCGAACGCUGUGGUUGAGACGAGGAGAGCAAAGCGUGUCCUGGAUGAAGGCCACAGUAGAUUAUGAAUGUUACAGGAGACAUUGGGUCAUAUUCGAAGCUAUCCGAGGACCGUCAUUAAGAAGUGACAUCGCUAUUGAUGAUAUUGUCUUUAAAAAGGGACCUUGCAAAGAUUUUGGAGACAACAUUCAAUACUCAGGAUUCUCUGAAAACUUUAAUGAGAUUGAGUACUGAGUCUAAAAUGUGUUUUUAUUUGUGUGUCAUUUUUUGUACGUUUUUAUACGGUUGAUGGUUCAGUGUUUUGGGUGAUGUUUUUGGGUUUUGUUGGAAAUAGCUUGUUUUUGUGUGUUUGUUGUUGACAUUGCCUUGCAGCAUGCUGCUAGGUAGCAUUCAUUUUUGACAAUCUAUUUGCUGAUGCGAAUGUUUUUCUUAGCUCAUUAUUUACAUUAUUUAGGGUCUGGGACUUUCAGGUCAUUCGUUGUAUACAUUCUCACUCAUUGUGUUACAUUUAUUAAACAAUUUUUGUUUUAAUUUAAAAGUCUUUGUCAUUUUUUU